ACUGUUUACAUUUCUCAGGCUUUUCGCACAUUUCUCCGCAUUUUGCCCCACAUUCCGUGCUGUGCCGCUUCCUGUCCACCUCCCGGGCCGGUUCACGUGUGCGCCAGAUGUGGUGGAAUAUGAGAUUGGCGGUGAAAGUGUUUCUGGACACCCACGGACGCUACUUGACUCAGUGAAUUGGCAUCACAUCCCAAUGGGGGCGUGCAUGACGGUGGAGCGCGAGAAGAUCACGGCCCGCCGCCGAAGUGAGGAGAUUGACAAGCAGCUCGAUGCCCUGGCCAAGGAGCACCCCAGAAUCCUCAAGAUCCUCCUGCUGGGCGCCGGUGAGAGCGGCAAGAGCACGCUGGUGAAGCAGAUGAAGAUCAUCCACUCGGACGGCUUCACGGCCACCGAACUCAGUGCCUUCCGGCCGACCGUGCUAGACAAUCUGCUGUCGUCCAUGAAGUACGUCCUGAGCGGCAUGGGGCUGCUGCGCAUCAACCUGGAGCACUCGUCCAACAAGCUGUACGCCGAGGUGGUGCUCGCCAGUCCCAGCUGCUUCGACAUGGAGUUCAAGAUCGUGGAGAAAGUGCGCAUGGCGCUGCGCAUCCUGUGGAAGGAUCGCGGCGUGCGCCUGGCCGUGGCCCGCGGCUACGACUACGAGCUCAACGACUCCGCACUGUAUCUCUUCGACAACAUGGACAGGAUCUGCGCCGACAGCUACGUGCCCACGCCCACGGACGUCCUGCGCGCGCGCGUGCGCACGAACGGCAUCAUUGAGACGAAUUUCCGCAUCAACGACAACAUCAUCAGCAUGUACGACGUGGGCGGGCAGCGUUCACAGCGCCGCAAAUGGGUGUACUGCUUCGAGGACGUGCGCGCUGUGCUGUUCGUGGUGGCUCUGAGCGGCUUCGACAUGACGCUGCUGGAGGACGCGACGGUGAAUCGACUGGAGGAGAGCCUGAACCUAUUUGAGCAGAUCGUGAACAAUCGCUGGUUCAAGGAGGCCAGCUUCGUGCUGUUCCUCAACAAGCUGGAUCUGUUCAGGGAGAAGAUCAUGUCCUCUGGACGCCACUUGAGGCUCUUCUUCCCGGACUACAAGGGCCCGGACAAGAACAUCGACGACGCGGCGCUCUUCAUCCAGAACAAGUUUCUGCAGCGCAACCACAACGACAGGAAAGUCAUCUGCCCGCACUUCACCACGGCCACGGACACGGCCAACGUGCAGACGGUCUUCCAGGUCGUGAUGGAGACGGUGAUCAAGGAGAAUCUGGGCAACGUGACGCUGCUGUGAAUCUGUGCCUUGCUGACCAUCAAAUCAAUUGGAUUCCGGUAAGACUUCCGAGCGAAAGAUCACAAGAGAUCUCGACUUGUUGGUGAAAUUGAGGGGAUUUUCCUGUGAUCCUGUCGGAAUUCCAUUGGAAACUUGAUUACUUCAUAUUGAAGCACUUCCAAUACCGGUUUUCUUUUCGAAAUGAUUGUUUUGAACAGUCUGUUAAAAAAUUACUGAAUAAUAGAAAAAAAAUUAUUUUUUGAGUUUAUUUACAAAGAAAGUUUUGGUCUGAUUUAAAUGUAAUUCUUUUUCUGGAUUUUCUUGUAUUUGAAGAAGUUACAGUUAACUUUAGAACAGGCAAAAUUCAAUACCUUUCAGUCAAUUUCUUCUUCUUUGUUUAGUCUUUCAUGUAUUUCUUGACUUUAUUGGGUGUUAUUGACCAGAAAACACUCUGAAACAUUUCCACUGAAGUAUAAAAAUGACAAGAAUUUGCUCUCUAUUUAAUUCAUACUCAAGCAGUUUUGCUUCUGAUUUUCACUCUCAUGUCUCGUCAAAUAAAUAUUCAACAUUUUCUAAGCCUCUUGAUUCAUAUUGACUUAUCUAGAGGCUUAACCAUUGAUUAACCUGUUAAACGGAUCACAGGACAAACUCUCAGUGAUCUCAAGACACACAAAAAGAAAUCAUUGAAUCUCAUUUAAAUUAUUUUACUAAGUUAAGUUACACAUUUAGGCUUUUAACAUCGGAUCUUUUGUGAUCUUUUGCGCGGUUUCCCAAUCAAAAUUCCCUGUCUUUCGAUCAUCUAGUGCCAAAAUCCGGGAUUUGCAAUUUGACAUUUCCGGAGAUGAUCAGUUUUUUUUUACAAAACGUUUUUAUAUUUCAUAGAGUAGAAUCGGUAGUUUGUAGUUUUUUUUUGAGAAGAUCUCUUAUCUGAUUAUGCGGCUCAUUCCCAGUUUAACUGAGACAUUUGUGACACUCAAACUGUGUCAUGAAGUCUUUUUUUACAGUUUAGUGGUACAUUUUUAGCACAAAUGUCACUUGAAUGCAACUUGUGACUCAGAAUACCUCGAGACUGUGUUGAAGACUGAAUGGCACACUUAACACACAACACAUGUUACUGGAAAUGAGGCCUUAUAUUUGUAUUACUCGUUCACAUAUUGAUCGAGCGUAGUUUAGAGACGAAAACACUUAAGGACGAACAACAACAAAAAAAAACAUUGUGAUCUUGCAUUUUGAUCGUAUAUAAAUAGACAUGUAGUAUUUUU